CGGCCAGCAGGGGACUCACUCCGGCUAAUCAUUUCAACAAAUGGCACCUGUUCGGUUCAAAGGAAAACCCGGGAGGCCACCGAGCUGCUGUAAGCCGCUGCUUCGCUCAAAACUCCUGUCUAACAACUUUAGGAAACUGGAAUCACCGCACCGUGGUCCUUUGGCUUCACACAUAAAGAUAUCAACAGGUGUGGGCGACAGCCGCUCGACUAUUUAAGCCUUCAGAGCAACACUUACUCUGAAACAUGCGUCUUUUCCUACGCCGGCGUAUGUCCCCUCUGAAACUGGUGCUCCUUGGGGGGACUCUCUUUAUGGUGCUGGUGGUUCUCCAGAGGGAUGUCAGCUCCUCGCCUGCUUCUGACCCCUGGUUUAAAGAGCUGGUGGUCAAGAAGGACAAGAUGAUGGUGAUGGUACGAGAGGCUGUCAACAACAUUGGUUUCCAGAUCGGACCGCCGCAGCCACAGCUAGCAGAGGAGCAGCCCACCGAGGACGUCAAAUGCCCCACUGGAUUCUACAGUCAGGCUGAGCUUAAACCUCACCUGGAGAGACCGCCUCAGGACCCCAGGAGCCCAGGGGCUAAUGGGCAGGCAUUUCAGAAAGACCACAUGUCCCCAGAGGACGAGAAGGAGAAGGAGGAGGGUAUGACACGGCACUGUUUCAACCAGUUUGCCAGUGAUCGUAUCUCACUCAGCCGUGGUCUUGGGGAUGACACAAGGCCUCCAGAAUGUGUGGAAAGGAAGUUCCGUCGCUGUCCUCCUCUGCCAAACACCAGUGUUAUUAUUGUCUUCCACAAUGAGGCCUGGUCCACCCUGCUUAGGACAGUUUACAGUGUCCUGCACACGUCUCCUGCUAUCCUCCUUAAAGAGAUCAUCUUGGUAGAUGACGCCAGUGUUGCAGAGCACCUGAAGAGCCAACUGGAGGACUUUGUGCAGCAGCUGAAGAUCGUUCGCGUAGUGAGGCAACCGGAGAGGAAGGGCCUCAUUACUGCCAGGCUGCUGGGUGCCAGCAUCGCUCAGGGCGAAGUGCUAACCUUUCUGGACGCACACUGCGAGUGUUUCCAUGGUUGGCUCGAGCCCCUGUUGGCCCGCAUUGUUGAGGAACCCACUGCAGUGGUGAGCCCAGAGAUCGCUACCAUUGAUCUUAACAACUUUCACUUCAACAAGCCUGUGGCCAACGGCCACGCUUUCAACCGAGGUAACUUUGACUGGAGCCUGACCUUCGGCUGGGAGGCAAUCCCUGCGGAUGCAAGGAAGCUGCGCACAGAUGAAACCUACCCUGUGAAAACACCUACUUUUGCCGGAGGUCUCUUCUCAAUUUUAAAGACAUACUUUGAACACAUUGGCACAUACGAUGACAAGAUGGAGAUCUGGGGCGGUGAAAAUGUGGAGAUGUCAUUCAGGGUGUGGCAGUGUGGGGGUCAGCUAGAGAUCAUCCCUUGUUCUGUGGUGGGCCAUGUCUUCCGCAACAAGAGCCCCCACACCUUCCCCAAGGGCACAGAGGUCAUCACUCGCAACCAGGUGCGCCUGGCUGAGGUCUGGAUGGACGACUACAAGAAGAUCUUCUAUCGCCGCAACAAGAACGCUGCUGAAAUGGCCAGUAAGAAAAAGUAUGGUGACAUCUCUGAACGUCUGAAUCUGAGAGAGAAGCUCCACUGUAAGAACUUCACCUGGUUCUUAAACAACAUCUACCCAGAGGCCUUCAUUCCAGACUUAGACCCAGAAAAAUUUGGAGCAAUAAGAAACUCUGGAUCUCAAACCUGUCUGGAUGUUGGAGAGAAUAACCAGGGAGGCAAACCAGUGAUCAUGUACCAGUGUCACAACAUGGGAGGCAACCAGUACUUUGAAUACUCAUCUCAUAAGGAGCUGCGUCACAAUAUAGGGAAACAGCUGUGUCUUCAUGCCGUGCCCCAUCCAGAGCAGGUGAAGAUCGAGCUAUGCCAGCUGAAAGGGAAAGGCACCAGUUUGAGUCCACAGCAGGAGUGGAUCUUUACAGAGGAAAAUCUUCUGAGGAAUCCAAGUAGUGGGAAAUGUUUACAGCUGAGAGGAGACCGGCUUCAGAUGGACAAUUGUAACGCUGCUGAUCUCUACCAGCACUGGACCUUUAGCUGACCCCCCAGUCUGCCCAUCAGGUGACCUCUGGCACGCUGCAUCCCCUCCCUCCGCCUCGGCUCCGAGGAGCCAACUCAACACUGAUCCAGAAGGACUCUGUGCUUUGGAGCUUGGGGCAUUUGGCCAUUCAGAGUGGACAGUAAAGAUGAAGGACAAAGUGCGAUAGUUGCAUCUGUUGAAGACGCUCAGGUUGGCCUUAACUUGUUUUAAUUGUAUUUAUGAUGAAGAGUCAAGAGAGACAUUUGAAUGUGGCUGAGGAUUAUCAGACACCAGAGUGUGGACUCUGCGCUCGGGGGUGACAGCUUGGCUGUGGUGCCGCGUGUAUGAACUUUGAUGAUCUUAUUUCAAUUAAUUUACACUCCAGCCUGGAAGAUCAUCACUUGUGACUUUAUUUUGUCUGACAGUGAAUGUUGAAACAUGACAAUAUCAAAAAGUCCUAACUGACAGCAAGAGAUGUCCAGGUUUUUUUUAAAUAAAAUUUCUUUGUUGUGUCAGAUAAA